AUGGACCUGCACCUGCGCCGCCUGCGCCAGGAGCUGCUGUCCAUGAAGGAGGUCGGGGACGGGCUGCACGAGCAGAUGAACUGCAUGAUGGGCGCCCUGCAGGAGCUGAAGCUGCUGCAGGUGCAGGCGGCGCUGGAGCAGCUGCAGAUAUCGGGCGGCCGGGGCGCGGAGCAGCGCGUGGCCCCCGCUCGCCCCGACAGCGGCCGCCGCAGGGGCGGCUCCUCCUCCUCUUCCUCCUCGUCGCGGGGCUCCCGCGAUGAAGACGCUUGUCCAGCCCACGGCCCUUCCUCAGGCUCGGGCAGAGCCGAGCGGCUCCGUGCCGGGACGCCGGAGCCAGGUGGGAAUGCCUGGGAUGGGGCGGCGGGGACGCCGGGACACGGGCAGCGCCAGGGCGGCGAGGACGGCCACGACUGGACAUCCUCCCUCCUGUGCCAGAGCAGGACCCGGCAGCCGCUCGUGCUGGGGGACAACGUCUUUGCGGACUUGGUCGGCAACUGGCUGGAUCUGCCGGAGCUGGAGAAGAAGGGGGAAAGGAGCGAGGCGCCGCUGGCUGUGAGCAGAUCCCAGGAGCUCUGCAGGAAGUUCUCCCUCACCGCCAACAUCUUCAAGAAGUUCCUGAGGAGCGUCCGACCUGACCGCGACCGGCUGCUCAAGGAGAAGCCUUGCUGGCUCCCGCCCGAGGACAAAGAGCCGGAGAUUUCCAAGAGACCCAGGAAACCCAGCAAGCUCAAAGGGACCUUCUACCUGCCGCUGCACGGGAACACGCUGGGCAGCCACAGCAAGGCGGAGAGGGGCCCACGCACGGACAGCGGCAGCGACCAGCCCCAAACCGGCACCAAGAAAGUCCCCGAGAGCAUCGAGUACCCUGCGUGCGGCUUCGACAUUAACACGGCGGUCUGGGUGUGA